GGGAGCUGCUGGCUGCACCGUGGAAUGUGCGGUAUGCGGGGGCCAGAAGCAACCAUUCGGCGGGACAGGGGCGGCCGCCGCCUGCUCCUCCGGGGUCCCGCGCAGUGGGCGGCAGCCGAGCGCCGCUGCGCAGAGCAGAGCGGCCAGGGCAGGAGGCGGCGGCGUGCGGGGCAGGCCGGGCGCAGGGGCCGGGCGCAGAGCCUGCUGUGGGCUGUCUCCUGCGGCGCUGCUCUCUCUCUCUCUGGGCGGUGGUUGAGGCCGCUGGUAGGUGGGAUCGGCUCUGCCGCUGCUGGGGAAGCGCCCGCUGCUGCCGCCGCCGCCAGAUCAAUGAACUCUCUUCGGUCGCGGCUGCUGCUGCUCGGGUAGGCGCCGCGCGGCUGAUCCCCGGAGCGGAAGGGGGAGAGAGGCGUCGUCGUGCGCGGAACUCCGGCUCGGAGGCAGCAGCAGCAGCAGCCGCCGCCGGGGAGGGAGGGAGGCACCUCGCCCCGCACCGCAGCCGCCCCUGCGCGCAAGUUGGCACAAAACUUGCUGCCCAUCCCGAGGGGAAGCUGGGGCUUAGGCGGGGCGAUGAUUUUCCCCAAUAGCAGCAGUAACCCGGCGGGCGGCAGCAGGACUCCCUAUAGGAAACAGCCGUCCAUUGUACCAUCCCACCCAAUGGCUCCUCCUAGCCCCAGCACCACCAGCAGUAAUAACAACAGCAGUAGCAGCAGCAACUCAGGUUGGGAUCAAUUAAGUAAAACAAACCUUUACAUAAGAGGACUGCCUCCAAACACCACUGACCAGGACCUGGUAAAACUAUGUCAACCAUAUGGGAAAAUUGUAUCCACAAAGGCUAUUUUGGAUAAGACAACAAACAAAUGCAAAGGUUACGGUUUUGUAGAUUUUGACAGCCCAGCAGCUGCUCAGAAGGCUGUUUCCGCUCUGAAGGCUAGCGGAGUCCAAGCACAGAUGGCAAAGCAACAAGAACAAGAUCCAACUAACUUAUAUAUUUCCAAUUUGCCGCUGUCAAUGGACGAGCAGGAGCUUGAGAAUAUGCUUAAGCCAUUUGGGCAAGUUAUCUCUACAAGGAUACUUCGUGAUUCCAGUGGCACAAGUCGUGGUGUUGGCUUUGCAAGGAUGGAAUCAACAGAAAAAUGUGAAGCAGUGAUUGCUCAUUUUAAUGGAAAAUUCAUUAAGACACCACCGGGAGUUUCUGCUCCUGCAGAACCUUUAUUGUGCAAAUUUGCAGAUGGAGGACAGAAAAAGAGACAGAAUCAGAACAAAUACAUACAGAACGGGAGAGCGUGGCAUAGAGAAGGCGAGGUGAGACUUGCUGGAAUGACGCUUACUUAUGAUCCAACUACAGCUGCUUUACAAAAUGGAUUUUAUCCUUCCCCAUACAGUAUUGCAACAAACAGGAUGAUCACUCAAACAUCUAUUACGCCAUAUAUUGCUUCUCCGGUUUCUACGUACCAGGUUCAGAGUCCUUCUUGGAUGCAACCUCAACCAUAUAUAAUGCAGCACCCCGGUGCUGUAUUGACUCCCUCCAUGGACCACACCAUGUCACUACAGCCUGCAUCAAUGAUAAACCCUCUGACACAACAGAUGAGUCACCUUUCAUUAGGCAGUACUGGAACAUACAUGCCAGCCACAACAGCUAUGCAAGGAGCCUACAUACCCCAGUAUACACAUGUUCAGACAGCAGCUGUUCCUGUUGAGGAAGCUAGUGGUCAACAGCAGGUUACAGUAGAGACGUCCAGUGACCAUUCUCCAUAUACGUAUCAGCAAAACAAAUAACUGAGAUAUCCAGUGUUGACCUUGCCUGGAGAAGGGUGCAAAGGCUGAAACAAUCAUGGAUUUUACUGAUCAAUUGUGCUUUAGGAAUUAUUGACAGUUUUGCACAGGUUCUUGAAAACAUUAUUUAUAAUGAAAUCAACUAAAACUAUUUUUGCUAUAAGUUCUAUAAGGUGCAUAAAAAAAUCCUUAAAUUCAUCUAGUAGCUGUUCCUGUGAACAGGUUUAUUUUAGUAAGAAAAUUUUUAUCAAGUGUUAUGACGCAUUUUUUUUUUUCCAAAUUUCUGGGUAUGCACAGAUGACCACGAAGACUUAUUCACGUGCAUGGCAGAAUUUGUAUUUUGGGUUUUUGUUUGUUUGUUUGUUUUUGUUUCUUUUGUUUUUUUUUUUUUAUUGUAUGAAAUGGGUUUUCUGAAGUUUAAAAUAGUAAAACAUCUAAAAUGAUGAUCUGUGCUUGCAGUGUGUGAGUGUUGCUACAGUGCAGUGUUGCAGUUAGUGUCUGUUCUCUUAGCUUUCUGUUUUUCUUUUAACGUAGUGUGAAGUGUCUUAUCCUUUUCUAUAAAUUCCAGUUUGCCUUAAAUCUUUCAUGCUGUAGCUGUUUCAGUAAGUAGUCCAAACUAAUGGUGUAGAAUGCUUUGACCAAAUGAGCUGGUCUAUUAUGCCUUGUAAAACAGCAGCAUAGGGCUUUUAAAAGGUAGUCAAUAAAAAUUGCUGAAAAUUUGGCUUUUUUUAAUGUGUAGUAGGUGUUUUUAAUGAUUUUUUCACAUAAUAUGUAAGGUAGUGAAAUGCAAGAGGGGAAAAAUGUUUUGUGUGAAACACAUUUUCUGACUGGGGGAAUUUUAAUAGGAUAAAUUGUUUGUAAGGCCAUAUGCCAAUAGUUUCCUCUGAUAGUUUGAAUGAUUUAGGAACUCUGCUGUAUGAUGCAAUGUAAAAUCUUUUUUUGCCUUUUUUCAGAAACUAACUUGAUGUUCUAGUUUUAGUGUAGGUAGAGGGGGGAAUUUGCGGGGGGAAUAUCACAGAAUGUUUUUGUCCUUCCUUUAUACUAAUGAUAGUGCUUUAGAUUGAUGAUUGUGCUGAGACCUAGCAAACAGAAAAUUUGCUAUUACAGCAAAAUGGCAAAAGCUAAGGACUUGUUUGCAAACAUAAGCUGAGAUGUAAGUAGACGCAUAAUUGAUUGGGUACUAGCUCUCUAUAGUAGGUAAAUAAAAAUAAAAAGACUUGGCACUUUUAAAGGUAACUUUACCAAAGAACAAAGAGCCAGUAACCAAUAAUUCUGAUUUGUCUCAGCAUUACGUCUUCUGUACUCUUUAUUUUUGCCGGACCAGUUUGCGGUUAGGAGAAUGUGCCUUUUUUUGUACAUUUGCAUUUAGGUUUUAUAAUUUUAAUUGAUGUAUGGACACAAAAAGCAUGAAGGAAGACUUGGAUCCAAGCAGUGCCACGCUUUACAUCAUCACUACAAGUGUUAAGUGUAAAGAAAACCAAUUUUGAAACUAUGAAAUUCCUGAUUCAUAAAUACACAGUUAUUUGUAUUUUUACGUAUUAGAUAAUUCACUGCUAUUAAGCUCUUUUAUUACAAUGGCAUAUGUUUUAAAUCAAAUGAUAAAUUAAGUUGUCUUCCAAAACUGUGUACUUGUCUGGUCAGCUGUAUAUGAUCAGUUAUCUACCUCAAAGUUUAUUUCUUUUUGUACUGGGACAGGUUGCUGGCCCUCCCUGUUUCCACAGACCAAAUCAUCCUAGCUCAGGAGCUAGGGCUAAGCAGUUACUUCAUUCAAGUAUUUUUUAGUUUUUAAAUUGUGUGAGUAUUGGAGUAUAGAUGUCGGUGACAUUUCAUAGUUUCAAAAGUAAAUUGCUGCUCUGAGAAGUGUAGAUUCUAGUGAAUUACAUAGUCAUAAGAGAUGUUUGUUUUUUCUUUUCUUUUUUUAAAAAAAAAGUUGUGGUAUUAUUGGUUCUAUGCUCCCUGGAAUAUUACUGCUUUGUAAAAGUCCAGACUUCCUGCAGCACCUUCCCUGUAUCUGGUAUAUUGCCAUUCUUGGAUCUCUCACUACUUGAUAUUUUUUGCAUUCGUUAAAAUUGCAAUAUAAUAGCUGUGUUAGAGGGAGGGAAGAGCUGCUGCUAGAAACGUCUGAACUAAGUGCCAUACUCAUUGUCUGGGUAAGAUUUGGGAAAUUUAACCUCUGUACAUAAAGAAAUAAUCAGUUACUUAAACAUCACAUAGUAGACAGCCAUUAAAUUAUAAAAAAAAUUAAUUUAUGAAGAAAGACCUUUUGUACAGAUUGAAAAAAAAAGAUUUUCAUAGAGAUAUCUAUAUGAUCAAGAGAGUUAAUUUUUUAUUUUUGUUUUUCUAGUGCCACAAACUUGCCAGUGGUAACUUAUUUGUCCGGUUCAAGAUAACUCUGUAGUUUUGUUUCCUAGGACUUGUUGUUAAACGCCAAAAGACAUUUUUGAACUGUACAUUUGAUUAGAUUGUUAGCUUUUUUCUGUUUUAUUUCUUUUGAAAACUUUUGAAUAAAAAAGAUUGAAAAAAUGAAAA